AUGAUAACACUCCCAAGAAAAAGAAACAACGAUCCCCAACAUUAUCACCUAAACGAUCAAAUAAUUUAUUAUCAUCAAAAAAAACCACCUGUACCAACAAAAACACCGAGUAAAGAUGAUGACGAAGACAGUCUAUCUGAAGUUGAAACAAGUCCACAGUUAAUUAAAAAAAGCCAAAAAAUACGUAGUCUGAAUCAUACCAAAAAACGUAUAACUGAGUCUCCUCAAACAUCUGUUCAGAAAAAACAACGAAAAAAUAGAAAUCAAAUUGAAAAUGAUGAAGACUAUAACUACGUUAAUCUUGAAACAUUCUUUCGAAAGUGUGGAAUAACUAUUUCUGACUCAAAUGAUCAACAAGUUUUUUCAAUUGAAAAUGAUUCACUUACAACUGUUAAAAAAGUUCAAGAGAUUAUAUGCUCUGGAGUUAUUCCAAAAAAUCAAGUUAUCACAGAUUGGAAAACUUACUUGGAAGAUGUUAACAAUGUUAGAAAAUUAAUGGAACCAACAAUUGUUACUGGUGAACAAAGACUUUUGGGUUCAUCAGCUGGUUCCUCAGUUGUCAGAAUUUUACUUCAAGUUCCAGUUCUUCAAACCGAAAUAAUGGAAAGUUUACUCACAAAAUUAGUUGAUUCUGUUUUAAUUGCUAAUUCAAUGGAUGAAGUUCAAUGGACUCGUCUUCUUCUUCAGCAGUUUAGAUUUUUGGAAAUAAUCCAUGAACCUGAACUAUUAACUACAAAACUUGAAGAAUUGUUGGAAGCGAGUCCAAUUUGGUUUCAACAAAAUUAA